UGGCCCUCACCUGGGGCAUCUCCAGCAUGGAAUUCCCGGAGGCCAGGACCGCGGUCCUGCAGCUGCUGCGGACGACGGCCCCGGCCGACCUUCCGGCACUGCUCCAGUGGAUGCGAACUACCAGGCUAAGACGAAUGGAGACGUUACUGAGACCACUCGAGAAAAUCGACAGUCAACGGGAUGAUGAUGAUGACGACGACGACGACAACUUUGGGUCUGACUUGGUGAUGCUCAGGACUUAAUCCUCACUCUGCACUUGGAGUAACUCCUGGUGGGGCUCAGAGGACCAUAUGGGAUGCCGGGGAUCACGGGAUUGAACUCAGGAGACUUUGAUGAUUUUACUCAAGAUAAUAAUGAUAUUAUGUUGAAAAGCAUAGCAGAAGACCUUCGAAAUUGCUUACCUCUAGAAACCAUGCUUUCUUCAGAACAUCUAGCACUACAAAAAAUACAACAGCAGCCAGAACCCACAGUUCACGUUGACGCAUUCCUUUAUGACGAAGACUUUAUUGAUUCAUUAUGUGAGGAAGGAAAAAUGAGCAGAAACUACUGUAAGAUGUGUGGUUCCCACCAGACAGCUCCUUUAGGAUUUAUUUCUCAUUCCUUCUCUCUCCUGGAAUUGAAGUUCAUUUAUCAUCAUGUACUCCCUGAUCUGUCAGGAAAGGUCUUGGUUGACGUUGGCUCCAGACUUGGCACAGUACUUUAUGGGGGUUAUUUUUAUAGCUCAGCACUGCAACUAUAUGGAGUAGAACUGAAUGGAGAGUUUUGCCAGUUGCAGGAAAUGAUCAUAAAAAAAUACCAGUUUGCUGACAGAAUAAAGGUGAUUCAUGCAGACAUCUGUACCCAGAGUUUACUUCUGCAAAAUGCAGAUGUUAUUAUAAUGAAUAAUGUCUUUGAAUAUUUUCUUGAUGAAGCAGAACAGGCCAGUGCCUGGGAAUACAUCAGCCAAAAUGUAAGAAAGAAAGGAUCGCUGUUGGUGACAGUACCAAGCCUUCAAGAUUCUUUGUCAGCUUUUCAGAUUAAUAUACCAUUGUCAUCCUGGGUUGAAGAGGUGCCUCUGAACUAUGAUGUAUUCCCUGACAAGGAUAUUGACAGGGAAGCUCUUGAACAAAUACAUUUAUAUAAGAUUCUCUAGAAUGAAAAUUAUCCUACCUCAGUGUGAUUGUUUUGUUGAGUGUGUUACAAAUAACAAAAAAGAAACAUAGUCCUAAAUACCUUAAUGUAUUUUUUCUGUAUAUUCCUAUAUAGUUUUUGUAAAAUACUCACAUUUUAUAGUUAUAUAUGUUAUGUAUGUAUAGAAUUUCAUUUGCCUUAUGUGACAAUUUAAUUAAAAUCUUUAUCUGAGAA